AUGGGGAUAAGUGGUACAAAGUCUGCUUCUACACCAAUGGAAAUGAAUUUGAGACUCACUACAGUUGAAUAUGAUACGCUACUCCAAAGUACAGAUAAUCCACUUCUUGAUGACAUUCAUAGUUAUCAGCAGCUAGUGGGAAAACUGAUCUAUUUGACAAUCACUAGACUAGAUAUCUGUUUUGUAGUACAAGUUCUUAGUCAAUUCAUGCAAUGUCCCAAAAUAUCACAUUGGGAAUCAGCUAUGAGAAUGCUGAGGUACUUGAAGAAAACACCAGGGCAAGAAGUGUUACUGAAAAGAAGCAGCAUCAACAACUUAACAGUUUUCUGUGAUGUAGAUUGGGCUUCAUGCCUCAAUACAAGGAGAUCUGUCGCAGGGAGUUUAGCAGAAGCUGAAUAUAAAAGCAUAGCAGCAGUAGUGGUUGAAGUAAUCUGGACCAAACAUAUUGAAAUAGAUUGUCAUUUUGUGAGGGAAAAGCUCAAAGAUGGUUUGAUCAAGACUGAGUUUGUGAGUUCUAAACUGCAACUGCAGACUUGCUGA